GGGCACCACCACUGACCCAAGAUAAGGAAUAGAGAGUGACUGGAUGUGCUAACCAGGAACCAAUAAGAAUAAAAUUGACUCAUGAUUAAUAAGAUAAACCAAAAGAAUUUAUUUGUCAUUUAAUGACAAGGUAGACCAAGCUGGUUCAUAUGCAUCUUCUGUUUUUAGGGGUACAUUUUACCACCGAAAAGUCUUAAAAUGAAGAGAUUGCAAGAUGCUAAUUUAAUCCUAUUCUACUACUUUAUUUCAGGCUGAUGAAGCCUACUGUACACAUAUUAACCAAUGACAAUCACCUGCAGGGAUCCCGGUGCUUUCUACACUACCAUAAAACAAUUUGUUUAGCGACAGAUUUAAAUAUUAUCGCCUCAUGAACUGGCCCUAUACCUGGUAACAUCAGUCAAAAUAAACCCAGGAAAAACCAAACACUAGGUGGUGCAAUACAAAUCAAAUCAAUUUAUUGAUUAAUAAUAAAUAUCAUUGCCUAAAUUGUAACUAUGAAUAGCCCUAUGCCAGUUCACAUGAUCAGUAAAAAUACACCUGGGAAAAACCAAAGAAUAAACUAAACGUCACAGCGCGAACUACUGAUGAAAUCUGAAGUAUUUGUAAAUGCUAUAGAUAUUGUAGAUACAUAGAGUAUUUGGAAAUAUUUGAAGAUCACCAUAUUAAUGACUGUAUCUGUGUGAAUGAAGGAGUAUAAAAUAAUCAACAAUGUAAAGUAGCAGUAAUACUGAGAACAUGGCAUUAAGUAAAGAAGUUGCUGAUGCAAAUUUUGGAGGUCUUAAGUUGGAAGUCUCAAAAUGGUUUGACAAACAGAAGAAUGGUUUAAGCAUGUUGAAGGUUUUGUACAGGGACCAUGUAAAAGACACUUUGGCAUUGCAUGAGUGUUCUAAAACAAUGGAAAUCAUUGAGUUACUGGUUGGAGCUGGAGAUCUGACUCCAACCAAUCUCACUCUACUCUAUGAAACUAUUAAGUUAACAGGACAAUUUCAUCUGGCGCAGUUAAUUAAGGAUCGACAUCCAUCAUUCCCAAUACCAGAAGACAUCAGAAAUAUUAAAAUCCAAAAAUUCAAACCGCAUCGACAAAGACUUUUAAAUCUGGGAAUGGCACUUGAUCUAGAUGAAAUAAAACAAAUUCGUGGACUGUAUAGUGUUGCUGAGAAACAUGCAGCUGACAGCUGGACUUUGAUAAUGGAUCUAGAGCAGAAAAUGAUAAUUUGUGAAGAAAAGAUGAUGGCAUUCAUUAAAAUCUUGAAGAAAAAUAAAUUCCCAAGUGCAGUAAAAGCUCUAACUAAAGGUAAAUAUAGACAGGAGCAGGGCUGCCGAGAGCUGCCGUGGGCCCCGUGA